UGCUCUGAGAUUUUGAAAGUUUUUGAAAGUCAUAGGUAGAUGCUUUUAUCCACCUUUUCUGGUCACUUUAAGGUCUGAUUUUUUUAUGGUUUCAAAUCGAAGAAUACAUAAAAAUAUAUAAUUUAAAAGAGAUUUUUAAGUGAUGAUUUUAUCUGUAUUUAACAACUUGACAUAAUAUGAUUUUGUAAUAUUAAAGUAAGCAACUUUCAUCACAAAACUCCCAUGGUUCUAAAGCCUGCGGAUUCGCGGGAAAGCGUCAAAAAAAAUGAAUGAAUAUACGUACAUAUUUAUUUUGUACGGCACUAAUAAUUACACUAACACACUGCCUUUGGGGAGCUUGGGCUUCGUGCUGAAAAGGGGAGUUGAUGGGUAGCGGGCAGCCUUGUCCUUGUCAAAUGUUUCGUUAUCUGGUGCUGUUGUUGCUUUUGUUGUUGUCAAGCCCCCGCUUAUUCUUUUUUUUUACUUUACACACCAGCACAUACAUAUAUAGAAAGUCGAAUUCUCAUCCUACCAACCAAAUGCCACCCACACUCUGCCCCUUUGAUAGCGUCAACAUCAACUAAAACUGUAAGCGACUUCAAACGGCGCUUUGUCAGUGACCUUCGCGUGUUGGUGCGAUGGCAUAUGUUUUUCUUACCACCCACCCACUCUUGGCAAAGAAGAGAUGGAGGGAAUGGGUUGGAGCCGAGGAUACCCGGGAAACUUGAUUUGACAUAUGAUGUGCCCGUUUCGGUGUCGACUCCUUAUCCAAUCUGGCCCAAAUACAUUUAUCAAUAUCGCUUCUGGUCGAUUGAAAUACCACCCGGAGGCGGUAAGUCUUGACGUUUGUUCGUUGUUGGCAUGGGUAAAGAAUCGCCCAUUUGCCACCCACAGCACAUAACCCACCCAAUCGGUCAUUAGCAUUUUCGGCGUGUAUUUAUGGCCAGAAAAUGUUGCGCCAUAAACAUGACAACAAAACAAAAUGCGACAAAUUUGCGACGAUUGGCCAUGUGGCAGGCGGUACACAGAGAAGACACACAUAUACACAGUGGAGUCCAAUCCCCCAGGGCCAAAUAAUUGUCAUCCAGAAUAAAAUAUGUAUGCACGAUUAUUUUGUUUUGGCUUACGCUCAAUUGGAGGCCGGAGGCAUUGGCGAAAAACUCGGUCUCAUACUCGAAAGGCGGGCCAAUUGCAAUGCAGAAACAAUUGCAUACUUGACGGGGCAAAAGUUUAUUUUUAUGCGAGCGACACUCGGCGGGGUAUUGAGAAGUGGAUACAGUGAGGACUGAACAAGAACUGAUAAUUAUAAAAGGGAUUUUUGGAAAUUAUUUCCUAAAAAUAUGUUUUGAGUUGUAAUUUUCGAAAAAAUUGCAUAUUAUUCUUAAUAAUAUUCACAUUUCUUGAGCAUAUAGCUUCUACAUGAAAAAAUCUGUAUGCAGUGUUUAUAAAAUGAAAUUUUGCAACAAGCUUUGUACAUAUGUGUACGGGUAAUGAGUAAGUGACCCAAAGAAUAAAAAAAAAAUUUAAAGUUUAUUUCAAGAAAUUUGAAGAAGGAAGCGGCUUAAAACUGUUUCAAUAAUAUUUUUAUCAUAGCCAUCCUUUACAAGCAGCUAGCAUUCCUCAUUGUGGCACUAAUAGAUGUACCUCUUAAUGGGGCAUUCCCUGUACACACACUCAAACUUAUAUCCACACGCACGGCUAGUGGAAACAAAUCAACUCUGUUUUGGCGCCAUGCGGCGUAUACUUGCUCUGCACUUUGGCAGACCGACAAACGCGACCGCGACUCUCGGCCAGAAGCACGGCUAAAGCUAAGGCCAUAACGGAACAGUACAGCACAGCACAGAGCUGAGCCGGAGAGCCAAAAGGCAGCCGGGCAGCCAACUAGUUUUUCUUCAGUUCAGUUCCUUUUGGCUCUUAUUGUACACGAGGUUUGUUGUUUAGUGUGCCAUUGGCGCUAACAACGUGCGGUUCGGUUCUUGCGGUUUUCUCGCCGCCCGGUGAAACCAAGAAAAACGGAAUAAAAUCUAGCCCGUUUUGAGUCUAAACACAAAGGUUGGAAAGUGCAUUCAAAGCAGAUCCACAGAUUAAACAAGUUAACCCCAAAACUAGAGUUCCUUGAACUCCCUAAAUAUAUUCUUGAGGUUUGGGGUUGUGUAACCCAUUUAGUUGGCUUGCACUUUAAAAAGCGAUUUCUAUAAAUAUUAAUAGGAUUUAUUGAUUGGUUGUCGUUGUGGGCCAAAAGCCAGAUCGACGACAGGCUAUAUAGUAUACCCAUGUCCUUUCUUUCGCCCACAUUGCGGUUGGAGAAUCUUUCAACGCAGCCCACAAUGACGCAGGAUCAUGUACCCGAGGACCAGCGUUAUAACAAACAGAAUAUUGUGGCUCAAUGGUGUGUGCCCAUCAAUGGCAAGAUGUACCGCAUCGAGCUGGAACAUGGCACAACCAGUGGGCGGCGCAUGAUUUGGGUCAAUGGACGGGAGGUCCUGCGGCGUGAUUGGAUGUUCAAGCUGGUUGGCGAGGACACCUUUCACAUCGAUCAGACACGCUGCAUCAUACGAGUGGAUCCAGCGCCUGGUUUCAAGUACGAGUACUCCCUCUACAUCGACGGCAAGUCCCACGAACAGUACACCGAGGAUAUGACGCGGCAAUACCGACUCUGGCUAUACACACAGGAGGCUAUAUCUGCGGAGGCGUCGUCGCAGGAAUACAGGAUAAUGCUCAAGCUGGACACGCUGAGUCUCUACGUAAACGAUGAGCUGCGCACAGAGGAGUCGGUUUUCGUUCACGGCGGCACAGACACCAAGUUCCUGCUGCAGAACACGGAAUUCGUGCUACAGGCACGCUCAAGUGGCAAUAAACAUGAUGGCAUCGUUCACACUCUGCUUGCGAAUGGGGUGCCAGUUCCGGAGGCAAAGAUUCAGGAGAUUAUGCAAGAGCCGGUCUCCAUUUUGCAGAGCAACUAAAGAAAUACCCCCGCCCUACGAUAGGAUAAUAUUUUGCAUUUGUUGAAUUUUUUCCCAGUUGUUAAUAAACAAAAUGUUUUACGAAAGUUGUUUUUAUGAGAAACGAAUUAAAAAAGCUAACUUUUUCUUACACAUUA